AUGGUGGGGACUCCCUACUGGAUGGCUCCGGAGGUUGUGACACGAAGGAGUAUGGCCCCUAAAGUCGAUAUCUGGUCUCUUGGCAUCAUGGCGAUCGGCUCUCUAUCUGAUUGCGACGAACGGAACGCCGACCUCGCCAACCCCGAGCUCAGCUCCAUCUUCAGCGAUUACCUUGCCAAGACACUCGAGGUUGCGCUGAAAAGCGUCCGAAUGCGACCCAAUUGCUUGCGCACCCCUUCUUCACCCCUUCUUCAGCUCAGCCCUCUGAGAACUCUGGCUCCCCUUAUCAAAGCGGCACGUGAAAUCGCCAAGGCACCCAAGUGA